AUGGGAUGCUGUGUAGCAAAAAAUAAUAAUGACCUCCUCCCUCCAGCAGCAAAAGGUGUAGCAGUUCCAAAGGAAGAAGAUUUGACAUUAGAAGACAAAAUCAUUUUAGAGCAGGAAAAAAAGCUUCACUUUUCCAGACUUUUGAGCAAGGAAAUAGUGAAAUCUAUCAAAGCAGAAUCUUUGCAGAAUUCCUUAAGUUUGCCUCAGCUCAAAAGAGUUUUUCAUGACCUGCAGAUCCCUGAAUCUGAAUUAUACUGAUUUAUAUAAAAUUCUAUAAAAAUAAAGCUAAAUGCUUUAUUUUUCUAUAUAAUACAGUUAUCUAUAACUUCUCCAGACACUCCUACAUAUCAUCUUUUAUCAAAGGUCAAAAAUGAAAAUAAGCUUUAUGACACGAAAAAACUGUCACUCAUAGGAAUUGUCAUAGGGAUUGGAACAGCUGAAGAAAAAGCUGACUGGCUGUUCAGACAGUUUGAUGUAGAUGCAACUGGGAUGCUUGAUCCUUCAGAAAUCGAAGAAAUGCUUGGAGCUAUGGUCGAUGUAUGUGCCAAUAUAUUGCCUGUGCUUGCUAAAGGAGAAGGGAUAGGAUUUAUGAACAAAGAAGACAUCGAUGCUUAUAAAGAUAAGCUGAUCAGUGGAAAAGAUGAGUUUAUAAGGGAAAUCACAAAGCAGCUUCUUGUAGAAAAGGAAAUCAGCCAGCAUGAAUUGACUAUGAAGCUCGGAGAUAUCAACAACUCGCUUAGUAAGCUGUUGUAUAGCUAUGGGGUUAGGUCGCUACUAAGAAAAUAUGUUAUGAGUUAA